AUGGACGUGGACGUGGACGUGGACGUGGAAUGGACGUGGACGUGGACGUGGACGUGGACGUGGACGUGGACGUGGACGUGGACAGGACGUGGACGUGGACGUGGACAUGGACGUGGACGUGGACGUGGACGUGGACGUGGACGUGGACCUGGGGACGUGGACGUGGACGUGGACGUGGACGUGGACGUGGACGUGGACGUGGACGUGGACGUGGACGUGGACGUGGACGUGGAAAUGGACGUGGACGUGGACGUGGACGUGGACGUGGACGUGGACGUGGACGUGGACGUGGACGUGGACAUGGACGUGGACGUGGACGUGGACGUGGACGUGGACGUGGACGUGGACGUGGACGUGGACGUGGACGUGGACGUGGACGUGGACGUGGACGUGGACAUGGACGUGGACGUGGACGUGGACGUGGACGUGGACGUGGACGUGGACGUGGACGUGGACGUGGACAUGGACGUGGACGUGGACGUGGACGUGGACGUGGACGUGGACGUGGACGUGGACGUGGACGUGGACGUGGACGUGGACGUGGACGGACGCGUGGACGUGGACGUGGACGUGGACAUGGACGUGGACGUGGACGUGGACGUGGAAAUGGACGUGGACGUGGACGUGGACAUGGACGUGGACGUGGACUGGACGGAUGUGGACGGGGACAUGGACGUGGACAUGGACGUGGACGUGGACGUGGACGUGGACGUGGACGUGGACGUGGACGUGGACGUGGACGUGGACGUGGACGUGGACGUGGACGUGGACGUGGACAUGGACGUGGACGUGGACGUGGACGUGGACGUGGACGUGGACGUGGACGUGGACGUGGACAUGGACGUGGACGUGGACAUGGACGUGGACGUGGACGUGGACAUGGACGUGGACGUGGACGUGGACGUGGACGUGGACGUGGACGUGGACAUGGACGUGGACGUGGACGUGGACGUGGACAUGGACGUGGACGUGGACGUGGACGUGGACAUGGACGUGGACGUGGACGUGGACGUGGACAUGGACGUGGACGUGGACGUGGACGUGGACGUGGACGUGGACGUGGACGUGGACGUGGACAUGGACGUGGACGUGGACGUGGACGUGGACAUGGACGUGGACGUGGACAUGGACGUGGACGUGGAAUGGACUGGACGUGGACGUGGACGUGGACGUGGACAUGGACGUGGACGUGGACGUGGACGUGGACGUGGACGUGGACGUGGACGUGGACGUGGACAUGGACAUGGACGGGACGUGGACGUGGACAUGGACGUGGACGUGGACAUGGACGUGGACGUGGACGUGGACGUGGAAAUGGACGUGGACGUGGACGUGGACAUGGACGUGGACGUGGACGUGGACGUGGACAUGGACGUGGACGUGGACAUGGACGUGGACGUGGACGUGGACGUGGACGUGGAUGUGGACGUGGACGUGGACGUGGACGUGGACGUGGACGUGGACGUGGACGUGGACGUGGACGUGGACGUGGACGUGGACAUGGACGUGGACGUGGACGUGGACAUGGACGUGUGGACAUGGACAAUGGACGUGGACGUGGACGUGGACGUGGACGUGGACGUGGACGUGGACGUGGACGUGGACGUGGACGUGGACAUGGACGUGGACAUGGACGUGGACGUGGACGUGGACGUGGACGUGGACGUAGAAAUGGACGUGGACGUACAAAUGGACGUGGACGUGGACGUGGACCUGGACGUGGACGUGGACGUGGACGUGGACGUGGACGUGGACGUGAACGUGGACGUGGACGUGGACGUGGACAUGGACGUGGACGUGGACGUGGACGUGGACGUGGACAUGGACGUGGACGUGGACAUGGACGUGGACGUGGACGUGGACAUGGACGUGGACGUGGUCGUGGACGUGGACGUGGACGACGUGGACGUGGAGGACGUGGACGAGGACGUGGAGGACGUGGACGAGGACGUGGAGGACGUGGACGUGGACGUGGACGUGGACGUGGACGUGGACGUGGACGUGGACGUGGACGUGGACCUGGACGUGGACGUGGACGUGGACGUGGACGUGGACGUGGACGUGGACGUGGAAGUGGACGUGGACGUGGACGUGGACCUGGACGUGGACCUGGACGUGGACAUGGACGUGGACAUGGACGUGGACAUGGACGUGGACGUGGACGUGGACGUGGACGUAGACAUGGACGUGGACGUGGACGUGGACAUGGACAUGGACGUGGACGUGGACGUGGACAUGGACGUGGACAUGGACGUGGACGUGGACGUGGACGUAGAAAUGGACGUGGACGUGGACGUGGACGUGGAAUGGACGUGGACGUGGACGUGGACGUGGACGUGGACGUGGACGUGGAAAAUGGACGUGGACGUGGACGUGGACGUGGACGUGGACAUGGACGUGGACGUGGACGUGGACGUGGACGUGGACGUGGACGUGGACGUGGACGUGGACGUGGACGUGGACGUGGACGUAGACAUGGACGUGGACGUGGACGUGGACGUGGACGUGGACAUGGACGUGGACUGGGAAGUGGACGUGGACGUGGACGUAGAAAUGGACGUGGACGUGGACAUGGACGUGGACAUGGACGUGGACGUGGAAGUGGACGUGGACGUGGACGUGGACGUGGACGUGGACGUGGACGUGGAAACGUGGACGUGGACGUGGACGUGGACGUGGACGUGGAACGUGGACGUGGACGUGGACGUGGACGUGGAAAUGGACGUGGACGUGGACGUGGACGUGGACGUGGACGUGGACGUGGACGUGGACGUGGACGUGGACGUGGACAUGGACGUGGACGUGGAAAUGGACGUGGACGUGGACGUGGACGUGGACGUGGACGUGGACGUGGACGUGGAAGUGGACGUGGACGUGGACGUGGAAGUGGACGUGGACGUGGACGUGGACGUGGACGUGGACGUGGACGUGGACGUGGACGUGGACAUGGACGUGGACGUGGACGUGGACGUGGACGUGGACGUGGACGUGGACGUGGACGUGGAAAUGGACGUGGACGUGGACGUGGACGUGGACGUGGAAAUGGACGUGGACGUGGACGUGGACAUGGACGUGGACGUGGACGUGGACGUGAACAUGUGGACGUGGACAUGGACAUGGACAUGGACGUGGACGUGGACAUGGACGUGGACGUGGACGUGGACGUGGAAAUGGACGUGGACGUGGACGUGGACGUACGUGGACGUGGACGUGGACGUGGACGUGGACGUGGACGUGGACGUGGACGUGGACGUGGACGUGGACGUGGACAUGGACGUGGACGUGGACGUGGACGUGGACGGACGUGGACGUGGACGUGGACAUGGACGUGGACGUGGACGUGGACGUGGACGGGACGUGGACAUGGACGUGGACGUGGACGUGGACGUGGACAUGGACGUGGACGUGGACGUGGACGUGGACGUGGACGUGGACGUGGACGUGGACGUGGACGUGGACGUGGACGUGGACGUGGAAAUGGACGUGGACGUGGACGUGGACGUGGACGUGGACGUGGACAUGGACGUGGACGUGGACGUGGACAUGGACGUGGACGUGGACGUGGACAUGGACGUGGACGUGGACGUGGACGUGGACGUGGACAUGGACGUGGACGUGGACGUGGACGUGGACGUGGACAUGGACGUGGACGUGGACGUGGACGUGGACGUGGACGGGACGUGGACAAAUGGACGUGGACGUGGACGUGGACGUGACGUGGACGUGGACGUGGACGUGGACGUGGACGUGGACGUGGACGUGGACGUGGACGUGGACGUGGACGUGGACAUGGACGUGGACGUGGACGUGGACGUGGACGUGGACGUGGACGUGGACGUGGACAUGGACGUGGACGUGGACAUGGACGUGGACGUGGACGUGGAACGUGGAC